UGACAUGUCAGGUCACAAGUGAGUUUCACAGUAAACACUACAUGCUGAGUUUACAUGUAAAACAUGUUAAAGCAUUCACAAAUCGAGUUUAUUUUACAGCGUAGAAUUUCUAAUUAGUCUAAACACUAGUGCCUUAUAAAGAGCAUCUGUGAAACGUUAAAACUGGAGCUUCAAAACUUGAAUCAACAUGAAUUUUGGUUCUAAAAGCAAGAAGCGGAUGGUCCUGCCGAGCCGACCCGAUCCCCCGACAGUGGAGCAGCUCAUUGAGGAUGUGAACAGAGCUUAUCCCAACGAUCCAGUAUUUACUAUUUUACACGACUCUGCAGAAGAUUUAAAGGGCAGCUCCAGCAGCAAUGAAGUGGUGGAGAAAUACCUGCAAAGUAGACGCUACAUAGAACUGCACGAAAAACUGCAAGAAGCGCGCAGUGAUCUCACGAGGCGCAGGGAGGAGCUGCGCGCGACCGGAGAGGCUUUGGAACACAGCGUGGCCGAGGUGAAAGGGAGCGCGCUUUGACAUCGUUCCUUGCACCAUCCGCUCACGUCUGUGAUUUGUGGAACACAAAAGGAUGUG